CUCAUAUUAAACGUUCACCAUUUACACUUAAUAUGGUACCCUUUGAAUAAUUCAUUGAAGUGCAUGCAUGCGCAGGUAUAAUGGAUAUGUGUUGUCGGUAUCUGCUGAUUUUUAGUUUCGCUUUGUUUAGGUACAUUUGUGCAACAACUAACAAUUAUGGAACGAUAUCGGUGGUAGGACCAGCUUUUUUGAACAGGGUGGUAACAAUAAAAGCAACACCGUCUUAUUCUUGGGAAUGUGAUGUAGAAUGGAGAUACGUUGUGGAUGGUGACACACAAUCUCAAACAAUAAACGAUGAAACAUUUACAAAAUAUUCGGAGGACGGGUCAUUCUUUUUAAAAGGGAUGGCUUUAAUUAAGUACAACAGGUCAAACUUUUAUGCCGUUUGCUCAAAGAAUACAACGAUUAGGACACGCUCUACGUCAUUGUAUAUCAAAGAUAUCGUUGGACGGUGUGGAGCUCUCGUGAUUUUAGGCCCGGUUGUUCGCGGCACAGAUGUAGAACUUGGAUAUUUUCCGUCUGAUCUUUCUAUAAAGCGCCGAAUAGAUAACGGCAGACGAGCAUGGAAGAAAAACGACCACCCGAUUCAUCUAGGAGGGGAUUCUUACAAAGAGAGAACAGUUUCUGAAUAUUUGUACAUAUUGACUAUAUUUAACUUGGACGAAACAGAUGAAGGAACGUACAUGUUAAGUUGCAAUGCAUAUAGCAACACAGAUUCUGUGCAGCUUCAUAUUGAAGAUAUGCCUUCGGUGCUUUCUAUGUCCGUUAAAAAAAUACAUGAGUACAACAAUAAUGUUUGUGUCUGGUUUUUAAACAUUUCUUGUGAAACGAAUAUAUCAAAUCCGCCUUGCACAAUUGAAUGGUCAAGCGACAACGAUAAUUUGAGAUACAAACAAAGCAACAACUGGACUUAUGGCAAAAGUCAUAGUUACCAUUCUGUUUCAAACGUGCUCUACAAUGUGAACACAUACAUGACAGGGGGAACUAUAACAUGUUCAACAAUAUGUGAUCAUUUCCCAUUUAAUUUAAACACAGAUUACACAGUAUCUUCAUCAGAUUUUUCUCCAGAGCAGUUUAUGAAGGCAGAGAUCGUUAAAGAAAGUAAUCACAACGUUCUUAACUUAACCUGCAAAACUGUUGAUACAUGUAUGCCAUGUACAAUUGCGUGGAGCAGCAAUUCAGUUUUCCUUUCCUCAAUAUCGACUGCGCAAUGGACGAACGCGAGUAAUUUGGGCUAUACAACUGUUUCAAAUGCACUCUACUUAAUUACGAAAGGUUUGGACGGUAAACGGAUACAUUGUUCUACAUAUUGUGGAAAUGCUUCUUCACAUUCAGAACAAGAAACGUACAUAAUUUCUUUGGAGGAUUUUCAAGAAUCAACUACCAACCUUGCAUCAGUUGUAAUCCAACAGUGGCAUUUGUCGAUCCUUUACUCCGUAGCUGGAUCAAUUCUAGUUGUACUGGUAACAAUGUGUGCCGUGCUCCUUUUUAGACGAUGUAAACCUCAGGUUUAUGAAACGGUUCUACUACGCAGACGAUCUGCAGGAGAAGAGGGGCCUAGACAUAUGUAUGAUGGUGUACAGCAUAAUGUCGAGACAAAUGCCCUUUACAAUCUAACGGAAGUGUCUACACGUGCCAUCGACAGCGAACAUACACCACCACCACGUUUGAAUAUGGAUGAACGAAACGUCCGUUUAAACCGAACUGUCCGGCAAUACGAUUAUGUGGAUAACCCCGUCGACCACAGAGAUCGUCAUAAAAGAGCACCGACUGCAAACCAGGUCUAGGUUUAAUUUUGUUUUUGUUGUAAACCGUUUUAUCAUACUUCAACGUGUAUUGUUAGAAAGUGUAUUAAUAUUGUUAAUAUCUAGUUGUGUUUUAUUAUGUAAUUCAUUUUUCUCAUUCUGUUAGUUUCUCAUUUCUUCUCAUAUGUGCUUGUAAUAAUUGACACUUGUCCAAUUUUAUUAGACAUCAACUAAGACGUGUGGUGCUAUACUGUGUCGCUUGCUUUGUGAAACCCUCGCUAUUUAUUUAUAUAUAAACCUUAGCACAUUGGCAAAGUAAAAAUUGUUUUUAUUUGAAAGGUCAGCCUCAUGAUCUGCUGUUUUCUUUUAAUGAACCUUUGACUGUUUUAAUCAGCAUUUUAGUCUUAGGCUAGUUUUUGUCAAAUUAGCAUGCCAUUAUCACCGAUACGAGUGCAGAGCUUGUAAAUUUAUUAAGAUUAGUAUAGUAUAGUAUGUGUAAAAUGUACAUAUCAUUAUAGCACAAAUGACUGCACACGUUCAAAUCUUUACGUAGAGGAUAUAUAUAAGAUGGCUGUAUAGUCUCGUUGUAUCGUACCAUGUUGUAGUCAUCACUGUAAAUCAAUAAUGACUAUUCUUAUUCAGUGCAAUUGUUUAUAACUGAUCGUUGUGUACAUAAGUUUUUAA